GGAAUAUGCAAGUCCGAUCAGCCAGGGGAAGCUGAGCGGACUCCAUAUGAACCAGAGACAGAUGAUGAAGUGUAAUGCAUCCACAAGUGUUGGUCCGAUGCGGCAAGAAUCCAUCGACAGCUUGGAGAGGCCUUUUACUGAAUCCUGGCAGCUUGACAAUGACUGGGACGAUCAAAGCGAACCAUCCGGGAUGUUUGAAGCUGGAUACCUCAUGUACACACUGGUCAUGGAGGUGGUCGAGAAAUCUUUCGGGGGGAGAUUGCUCCUCACCAGGACCCCCCCAGACAUCCGCCACUUUCAGAGCCAAGACGGGUCUGUGGUUGGGGAGUUGGUAUUUUGGAGGGGCAAUGGAAAGGACACUGUCCGACUUGUUCAAUCCAAGCUCAAGGUGGAGCGCCCCGGCAUGCCGGGCCAGCCUGGCGCCAAGGUCUGCCGGUGGAGCGUGUUCCUGAUGCUCGGCCCAGCCACAGACGCCCCCCAUUACGUGCUGGAGCUCUCUGUGUCGCCCACCUUGAUCUUUGUUUCGACCGACAUGCUCCCCCGAAGAGAUCUGGUCAUGCACCAAGCCUACUUGGACGAAGUUUACGAGACGUCCGGAGCUCGCGAGAUGCAUUCGAAGAUUUAA